ACGCCAUUUUAAGUUUUCGGCUUUAAAAGGCAGCGAUUUUUCCUUGACGUUUUCAGUUUUCAGUUUUCAAUUUCCAUUUACCAUUUGCCAGUCGUUGGUCUUGGAAUUGUUAAGUUUUGUAGUUUAACAAAUUUUGAAAUUUUACUUUAACUUCAGUUUUAAGAUAGUGUAGUAAAGUGUUUAUUAGUUUCCAUAUAAUAUACAAUGGAACUUUCAACUAUAUUACCUGCCCCAGUGCAACCCGUUUGGGAUAGGGACGAUGAAAGAAGAAAGAGAGCCGCUUUAAAGCCUUACAUGGAACUAGUUUCCGCACAAGCAAUAGCCCCGCCAUACGGACAAAGACGAGGCUGGGUCCCCCGAAAUGUUACCGAUUAUGGCGAUGGAGGUGCAUUUCCAGAGAUUCAUGUUGCCCAAUAUCCGUUGGAAAUGGGGCGCAAGAAAAACUCAUCUUCUAAUGCUCUGGCUGUACAGUUAGAUGCGGAUGGAAAAGUUAAAUAUGACGUUUUGGCGAGACAAGGACAUUCCAAAGACAAGAUUGUAUAUUCUAAACUCUCUGAUCUUUUGCCAGUCGAAGUAGUUGCUGAAAACGACCCCUCAUUAGAAAAACCAUCUCAAGAAGAGGUAGAAGAUACCACUGAAAAAACGAGACAGGCUUUGAUGAGGCUUACUAAUUCCAAAAUAGCUGCCGCUAUGCCAGUUCGUGCUGCAGAGAAAUUAGGCCCUGCACAGUUUAUUCGUUACACUCCUUCCCAACAAGGAGCUGCCUUUAAUUCUGGCGCCAAGCAGAGGAUUAUCAGAUUAGUUGAAGCUCAAGUUGACCCUAUGGAGCCGCCGAGAUUUAAAAUCAACAAGAAAAUUCCAAGAGGGCCACCAUCUCCCCCUGCACCUGUGUUACAUAGUCCUACUAGAAGAGUAACAGUGAAGGAACAGAAAGAAUGGAAAAUUCCACCGUGCAUAUCGAACUGGAAAAACGCCAAGGGAUACACAGUGCCUUUAGAUAAAAGAUUAGCAGCAGAUGGAAGAGGUUUACAACAGUUACAUAUCAAUGAAAAUUUUGCAAAACUGGCAGAAGCUUUGUAUAUUGCUGACAGAAAAGCUCGUGAAGCUGUUGAAACAAGAGCACAACUGGAGAAGAAAUUGGCGCAGAAAGAAAAAGAAGCCAAAGAAGAGCAUUUAAGGCAACUGGCCCAAAAAGCGCGUGAUGAAAGGGCCGGCAUUAAAGUACCAGGAGCAGGUCAUUCUAAGAACAUGGACGAUGAAGAACAAGAGAGAGAAUUGCUUAGGCAGGAUAGACACAAAGAGAGAGCCAGGGAGAGAAAUCUAGCUAGAGCGGCUCCCGACAAGAGAAGUAAAUUACAGCGCGAAAGAGAAAGAGAUAUAUCUGAACAAGUUGCUCUUGGAAUGCCAGCAAGAGGCGUUUCUUCAAAUGAAACUCAAUUUGAUUCCCGUUUGUUUGGUCAAGCCAAAGGUUUGGGUCAAGGAUAUGGCGACGAUGAAGCUUAUAACGUUUACGAUAAACCAUGGCGAGAUGGAGGUUCAAUGGCAAAUCAUUUGUACAGGCCUAACAAAAAUAUUGACAAGGAGGCGUAUGGUGGAGAAGAACUAGAGCAGGCAAUAAAAACAAACCGAUUUGUACCAGAUAAGGAAUUUGGCGGUACCGAUAGGUCAGGAGCAGCUCGCAGUGGACCUGUGCAGUUUGAAAAGGAGGAAGAUCCAUUCGGUUUAGAUCAGUUCUUGUCGCAAGCUAAAAGGGCCAGUAAACGGAAGGAACCUGAGAAAAGAGAUGACAGAGAUAAGAAGAAGCGUAGAGAUUAAUCUAUUGUACUUUGCUUUUUUUUAUUUUCACUUGUAUAAGACCUCAUUUAUAUAAUAUGUAAUAUAGUUUGUAAGUAAAUAAAUAUAAAUAUUC